AUGCCUUUACUGACGUGCACGACAGCCCAUCUGUUGAGCCUGCACAACCAACAGGCAAAGUCCCAGAGGAAGAACACGCUUCCGUCGGGCGCUCCCCAGAUGAUGCGGCACGGCAGUACACACUACAAUGCCAAGGCCCGCGAGGAUGUCUUUAUUGUGCAAAUCGGCCCCGAUGACCGUAUUGCCGAUCCAGAAUGGAACGCUUGGCUGUCUCCGCUCUGGUUCCUGCCCAAAAUGGACAACGUCUGGCAAGCCUUGCUGGGCGGCUGUCCCCACGAUUUGCGGCGACAAGUGUGGCUGCGUGCCACGCGUGCCCCUCUUCUGCGGCAGGAAUGUCCUCUGCGCUACGACGAGCUUGUGGCCUGUGGAGGAUUUGAGCUCGAGACGACCGAGUCGCUCGUCCAGAUGCGCAAAGAUCUUUUGCGCACCUUCCCUGAUAAUAUUCUUUUCCAAUCGCUCGAGUCCGAGGCCGUGGCCCGCCUGCGGCGGAUUUUGACGGCCACGGCCUGGUACCGUCCAGACAUCGGCUAUUGUCAAGGGCUGGGCAUGCUUGUCGGCUGGGCCACAUUAAUCAUGGAGGAAGAAGAGGCCUUUUGGUUUAUACAGGCCUUGCUCCGCGAGCACGUCAGUGAUGACUACUAUGGCUCCACGUUGCUAGGCGCCAUGGCGGAUCAACAGGUUCUUCGGGAACUUGUGCGAUUGCAUUUACCCAGGGUACAUGACAUUCUGGAGGAAUACAGUAUUGAGCUGUCCCUCAUUACCCUGAAUUGGUUUAUUACCAUCUUUGCCGGAGUUGCCCCCACGCAUUUUACGCUCCGCAUUUGGGACUGCUACGUCUUUGAUGGUCGUCUCAGUCUGUUCAAGGCCGAAGAUACGGCUGCCGUUCUCAACGCCAUUUCAGAAGCCCCCAAUAUGGCCCACUCGCCCGACGAAAUCAUCAAACUCAGCUAUGCCUUUCAGUUCAUCGAAGAGGAUUUGCAACAGCUGGUGGACGAUGCGCGCCAGCAGUUGCGCGUGCACUUCGAUGAUUAUAAGCGCCGGCUUUUGGCCCGACGCGCCGAACAGGACACGCCCGCCACCAAACGGGCGUCAGCUUGGAACUGGUUCAGCCGUUCGGCACAACGCGACGACCGGCUGAUCAAGUCAGCCGAUGCCAUUUUGCACAAGCUAGGUGAAACAAUGCAGGAACUGCUCGUUGAGGGCCGCAAGCCCACACGAGCCGAUCUCAAUGAAGCUGCUGAUCGCCUGGCCGACUGCCUUGAGGUUCUACUUCUACACGGGCUGCAGUUUACGGCCUUGCCAUUGACGCCCAGCUUGACCAAGAGUGAGCAAGAUGUGUGGCUAGUGUGCGAGGCAGUGAGCGAGCUAUUGCGCCUUGACGAGCUGGAGCUGGAGGGGGAGCCGGGCUUGUGUGAGACAACGGAAGUUCGCAACGCUGAGACCGCCUUGUGCAGCUUGGUUCAAACACUGAACCAACAGGCUGAGAACGAGCCCCAACCACGGGUAUGA